AUGAUGGGCGCACCCGAGAUCCACAAGUACGGCACGGAUGACGGAUGGCACGGAAAGAUCGAAGAAGGCGGAGAAUUCCCACCUGAGAAAGAUAGAUAUCACCUCUACAUCGGUCUCUUCUGCCCCUUUGCGCACCGCGUAAACCUCGUUCGCUACAUCAAACACCUCACGCCCUUCAUAACCCUCGAUGUCGUGCGGCCUUACCCCAAGGACGGUGGUGGAUGGCGCUUUCCAGCCUCCAACGAUGAAUACCCCGGCGCUACCGUGGACAGUCUCUUUGGCAGCAACUUUCUGAGCGACGUGUAUUUUCGGGACGACAAGGACUACAAGGGGAAAUACAGCGUGCCCUUGCUCUGGGACAAGAAAGCUGGGCGAAUCGUGAAUAACGAAUCAGCGGAGAUGCUGCGGUGGCUACCAACCGCGUUCAACAGCCUGCUAGACGAGGAUGCUAAGAAGAUUGAUCUCUACCCUGAGGCGCUUCGGCGCAAGAUCGAAGAAGCAACACCGUGGAUACAGUCCCAUAUUAAUACCGGCGUGUACAAAGCUGGCUUCGCCCACACACAGGAAGCAUACGAAGCAGGCGUCGUUCCGCUCUUCGCCGCUCUCAACAAAAUCGAGAAACUCCUUGCUGAGAACGGCGGUCCGUAUGUGCUCGGGAAGCAAUUGACCGAACUCGACUUGCGACUUUACGCAACAAUCAUCCGCUUCGACACCGUGUAUGUGCAGCACUUCAAGACCAACCUUGGGACCAUACGGCACGAUUAUCCCACCCUGAAUAACUGGCAUAAGAAUCUUUACUGGCAUGUUGAAGGGUUCAAGGAAAGUACGGAUUUCAAGCACAUCAAGGAGAAUUAUACGAAGAGCCACGGGGAUGUGAAUCCCUUGGGUAUCACGCCGUUGGGACCGUUUCCGGAGGUCGAGGAGGGCUACGAAGAGGAUUGGGGAAAGGUGAGGGUGGGCGAAGUAAGCCAUCCGACGGUGUUAAAGGAGAAGCUAUAG